CAUAGUGGUGGGCACGCGAGACUCGGCACGGCGAAUAUGGCUUUCUUACUUGUUUCGUUUUGCUUAGUAACAUGAAUUAGGCCGGUUGGUAAUAAGCCCAUUAUAUUCAGUAGAGUAAUGGGUUUUUAUUAUUGGCUGAUUCUGUGCACUUUGUCAAUGAUAACGACAGUAUGUGAUGAUGUAUGGAGAGAUAGAUUGAUGAUAUUGCAAGGUUUAGCGAAUUAAGAACCUAGACAAUUAGAGUAAAAAGCGAAAAAAAUGAAUGAAUUUACUUACCUUUCAUAAAUAUACAAUUGAUGUUUUGGUUCUGCUGUUGGUAAGUAAAGUAUUUUAUUUUCAAUUUACAGUUAUUUUCUUUUAUAAAUGCAGCUCUAAACAACCAAAACUCAGAACAACCAAUUCUGACGCAAAGCGUUGGCAAUUUUACUUCCGCUGCUUUUGACAUUAGAUAUUGAGAGAGCUUUUCUCAUACCUCUUGUGCAUAUAUAUAACUAAAAUUGACGAAACUCGAAAAUGAAACCUAGUUAAUGCCAUAAAAAUCAGUGCCCUAAUUUGUGAUGAGAUAUAUAAUUUGAAAACAUUGGCAAUACUAUUCUUGUUGUUGGUUGCACUUCCAAUAUCGUUUUCGCAUAAUAAGGAAAAAGACGGGGCAUAGAACAAAUCAAACUUAAUAACUAAUUACCCCACCCAAAAAUCGGUUAACGAGUUUUUUAUUGAUUGAUUUUCUUUAAAAUGCUUAUCGGGCAACAUUUAUUUAAUUGAACGGCAACACAAUGGCAAUGAGACCACAAGGUAGCAGUGCUACUGACUCUGAUUAUGAGACUCUAAUGCAGCGUUUACAUAUAGGUGGUAAUGUUGGGUCCCACAAUUCCAGUAGUCUAAGUGAUCAACGCAAUAAAUCACGGAGACCGGCGAUUACGUUGGAUGAAUAUAAAAUGUAUGAACGUCAAAAUAUAAUCGCCGCAUCAAAAUAUGCCACACCUAAACAAAUUGAACAAUUACAUUUACAACACCAGCAAGAACACAAGUCCUCAGAUUCUACGAUAAAUCGUCAGUACCAUCAAGGCUACAUAGUAAAUAGUGAAAUGUAUGAGAAACAUCAUUCGCCAGUUUAUGAAAAUCUGGAUUUUUAUAACAACGCUGGUGCUGCUGCGACUCCCAGUAUUGGUAGUCAUUACGAAACAACAAGCAAAAAAGCUCAACCCCAAUGUCCAGUGGCAGCUGCUACUCAACUGCAACGUGGUCAUUAUAUGAUAAUGCAACCGCCAAUGGGAGCAUUUAAUAAUGGACGUUAUGCUCACACACCAGUGCCCGAUACAGCGGAAUCAAUCACAUCUGUUCCCAUAUAUGAGAACAUGCAUGUAGUACCCAAUUCGGGACAACGAGCUCAACCACAAGCUUCACCAGCCACCGUUACUAUAUAUCAGCACCAGCAUAUCGAUGUUUUGGCAUCACCACAACACAUAGGUAACCGUUCGCUGAUGAGAGCCACUGUGCUGGAACAUAGCAAUGACGCUGCUUUAGGAGGAAAUGUCAAUCUGCUGGCAUCACCUAUGCAUAAACGUAGUACAUCAAAUUCGUCCUUAAAAUCAACUGUUAGCUCCUUAGUGGGCGGUCAAUGCGAACCUAAUUCACCGACCCAACGUUAUCGCAAUCUCUCAUUGCCCAGUCACGUAGCUAACGCUCCUAUAUCACCAGCUAAAUCUUAUACUAGUAACGCCUCUAGCACUGGGGCCGGUGCUGCUAACGACUACAAAUUACAUCAACACACCCCCUUAAAAAACACCCAUCACAUUCCCGGCAUUAAUGUUUCGGUAAAUCCAAACUUUAUUGAGGAAAUUAAUAGUUCUGACUAUGUUUGCAUGACUGCCAAUCUAAAUAAUAGUCCCUUAAUGGAGUCAGUUCUACCAAAAACUUUGCCUUCCUAUACCAGUAAUACUUCAGACAUAAAAACAGCUACCAAGACUCGCCAAACAUCACCAACAGCAACGACCAGUGGCGGAGGUCAGAACAAUAAACUUUUUAUGCCCAUAACAGCUACUAGUAGCGCAAAUAAAAAUACCACCACAUCGCCGACACCAUCGCAAAAUAGCACGGGCGGUUUGGCUAAGAACUUGUUACCUUAUAGUGUAACACCACCGCGUCCGGCUGGUCCGUCGGAAGCACAAAAAAAAAUUGAGGAACUAACCAGGCAGUUGGAGGAAGAAAUCGAACAAAGUGAAGAGCAGGGAGAAUAUUUCGGUAUAUGUCAUACUUGCGGCGAGAAGGUGAAGGGUGCUGGUCAAGCUUGUCAAGCCAUGGGCAAUCUAUAUCAUACGAACUGUUUCAUUUGCUGUUCAUGUGGCCGUGCUUUACGUGGUAAAGCUUUUUACAAUGUUCAUGGUCGGGUUUAUUGUGAAGAGGAUUAUAUGUAUUCAGGCUUCCAACAAACAGCUGAAAAAUGUGCCAUUUGUGGACAUUUAAUCAUGGAAAUGAUACUUCAGGCUAUGGGUAAAUCUUAUCAUCCCGGUUGUUUCCGUUGCUGUAUUUGUAAUGAAUGUUUGGAUGGUGUACCUUUUACGGUAGACGUUGAUCAUAAAAUUUAUUGCGUUAACGAUUAUCAUCGUAUGUUUGCUCCAAAAUGUGCCAGUUGUGGCAAAGGUAUUACUCCUGUAGAGGGAACCGACGAAACUGUUCGUGUGGUUUCUAUGGAUAAGGAUUUCCAUGUAGACUGUUAUAUAUGCGAAGAUUGCGGCAUGCAAUUGACUGAUGAACCGGACAAACGUUGUUAUCCACUUGAUGGUCGCUUGCUGUGUCGCUCAUGCCAUUUGCAAUGUUUAUCUAUGCAAUCGACUACGCACACUGGUCAUCAAGAGCCAGUUUGUGCUUCCUAUCAAUAUAUGGGUUAAUAAAGCCAAAAUACUUUAA